GGUUUCCAGCUAGCAGGCGCAGCACCCCGCAGGCCCAAGCUUUCCCGGGGGAAUUCCGGGCGGUGCGGGCGAGCACUGGGGGCGGGGCAGGGCUGCCGCCUAUAAGAAGGGCUGCGCGCCCGCUCUGGGCCACUGGUUAGUACUGUAGAACCAUGGCGCCAGCCUGCCUGCUUGCACCGCUGCUGCUGCUGCUCCUCGGAGGCUUCCCCGUGGUCCCCGGCGAGUCGAUUCGAGAGACUGAGGUCAUAGACCCCCAGGACCUCGCAGAAGGCAGAUUCUUCUCUGGCGCUCUCCCGGAUGAUGAAGAUGCUGGAGUCUUCGAGCAGGACUCAGAUGACUUUGAGCUAUCCGGUUCCGGAGAUCUGGAUGACACGGAGGGGCCCAGGACAUUCCCUGAAGUGAUUCAGCCCUUGGUGCCACUGGAUAACCACAUCCCUGAGAAUGCACGACCCGGCAUCCACGUCCCCUCAGAGCCCAAGGAGCUGGAAGAGAAUGAGGUCAUUCCCAAAAGGGUCCCCUCCGACGUGGGGGACGAUGUGUCCAACAAAGUGUCCAUGUCCAGCGCUGCUCACGGGAGCAACAUUUUUGAGAGAACCGAGGUCUUGGCAGCUCUGAUCGUGGGCGGCGUGGUAGGCAUCCUCUUCGCCGUGUUCCUGAUCCUGCUGCUGGUGUACCGCAUGAAGAAGAAGGACGAGGGCAGUUACGACUUGGGCAAGAAACCCAUCUACAAAAAAGCCCCCACCAACGAGUUCUACGCAUGAAGCUUCCUCCCAUGAGCACUGCUUGGACUUAAUGAGGAGUUGAGGGUUGUGGACGAUAGGCAUUGGCAGAGAGCGGGCACCUUAAUGCUGACUUGUCAGUAUCUCCAUCUCUAGUCACCUUUCUGGUGUCAGAAGAGAUACGAUCUUCUACUGUGCUGCCUCAGAGAGAGAGAGAAAGAGAGAGAGAGAGAGAGAGAGAGAGAUAGUGAGAGAGAGGGAGACUGACUAUGUGUCUUUGUGUCUGUGUAUCAGUUGCUCUGGCAGAAAAAAUGGGGUUAAACUUGCCCUUUCUGAAGGCAAGCCUAGAAUUGGGUCUUUUUGUUCCAAAUUUCCAGAAUAGAAUAUAGGACCAGUUUAGAUCCUAUAGUAAACAUGUCUUGUCUACGACUGCCUUGAUUCUAGAGGCAAGGGUUACUGUGUGAAUCCAGGCUCCCUUCACCAUGCUGUAGGCUCUACCCAUCUGUCAGGAGCUGGGACAAGGAGCCAGAACCCACUGUACCUUGAAGUGUCCACCACGAGAGCCCGAGAGCUCAUUCACGCUGCAGAGUCUCUGUGGCGACCUUGGGGCAUUCUAGGCUCAGUGACUUUUGAAAUUCAACUUUUUUUUUUUUCAAUCCAGGGAGGGUGGGGUGAAGUGCUGAGAGCUUAUUCUGAAGUGCAUUUGUAGAAGAUUUGUAAAACUUAAGUUUUUUUUUUUUUUUUUUUUAAAUGGUUCAUUCCUUUAUGUGAGCGUCCUUGCCUGGGCUAAGAGUGUGGGGAUGUGCAGAUGUUCUUUCUAGAACAUUUCCAUUGCAACAGCUAAGUCCAUGUUUCAUUGUUUUUUUUUUUUUUUUUAUGUUUUGUUUGUUUUUUGAAAAUGAGAGAAGAGUUGGUGAUAAUGAUUUUUAUGAUCUUUUUUGUUUUGUUUUUUACUAUUUAUAGCUUCAGACAGGGCCUCUUUCCUUCAUCUUCCUCUCUCUACUGUCCCCCACAAUAUUUUUUGUUAAAUGCUCUGUGCUCUUGUUUUUGACCUUGGCCCUCUCUGAAGUUGCUUUAUCUUAAGUAGCUGCAGUGUUCUAGCAGAUUCCAGAAUAUAAUGUAGGGGGUAACGGGAUAUUUGUGUUUGUGUUCUUGUAAUAUAUUAUCCUUCCUUGGUUCUAGAAGAAUAGAUAAAUAUAUUUUUUUAGGCUAUAGAAUGAUAUUACAGGUCUCAUGUUGGCUGGGUGGCUGCGUGAGUUUUCAUGUGGCCAAGGAGGCUGCUGCCCUCUUCUCUUGCCCUCUACCUGGUGCCUUCUUGCGAAUGAAUGAGCAGGAGCAGUUGGGAGUACCUGACUCAAACCCUCACUGUGCCUUCUGCUGCGGGUGGGGUAGGAGCCCAGCAGAGGAGCUCCUGGUCUGCCUCCCUUCCCCGCUCUCUCGAUGCACGAUCCAGUACAGUGACCUCAUGUGGCUGUAUAAAUCAGUUCACUUCAGACCACGUGAUUGGAAAUCAUUCCUCGGUUUCACUAGCCACACAAUGUAACCGCUCAGUCACCGUCCACCCGGCACCGAGAUUUAAGCGGGUUUAGCAGACUAUUGCUCAACAUUGCUUGUCUCCCCCGGGAAGGGAAGGGGACCAGGAGGAAGGUGAUGAGGCUCCAGGCACUCCUGUCACCUGGGACUCUCCCUCUUAUAGAGGAGAGACCUAGUGGCUUAAAAGGCCCGGGGUGCAUCAGGGUGGGGAGAUCCUACCACUCUCUCCGCCAUACCCUGUGCCUGUAAGUCCCCAUUACCACCUCCGUGCAGGGUCCUAGCUGGCUGGGUCCUCUUCUAGCCGUGGCACCUGCUCCUUUUCUGUCCCCCUCACACUGUCAUCUGUUACUGAUUUUUUUUUUUUUGAUAAAAAGAUAAUAAAACCUGGUACUUUCUAGA